AUGUUUCUCCAACCAGAGACCCACCCAAUCACGGAAGAGCAACUGACUCGUGAAGUUCGAGGAAUCUAUGCGGGGCUGACCAUGGUCGAGAAGAAGUGCAUUGAGAUCGACAAGCUGCAGUCCGACAGCAAACAUGACCUCUCCCAUGCCCAAUGGCAGACCCUGAUAGCCCUGCAUCGCACCCUCCUACAUGAACACCAUGACUUCUUCCUGGCGUCACAACACCCGUUCGCGAGCCCCGGUCUGCAGAAACUGGCCGAGAAGUAUUCUAUGCCCGCUCGCAUGUGGCGCUAUGGCAUCCACGCCUUUCUCGAGGUUCUGCGCAGCCGGCUGCCGCACUCCCUGGAGUAUAUGCUAACCUUUAUCUAUUUGGCGUACUCUAUGAUGACCCUCUUGGUCGAGAGCGUGCCUGCCUUUGAAGGUACAUGGAUUGAAUGCCUGGGUGACCUCGCCCGCUAUCGCAUGGCUGUUGAAGAGGUUGACAUGCGGGACCGGGAGAUCUGGGCCGGUGUCGCCCGCUUUUGGUAUAAUAAAGCGGCUGAUAAGACCCCCGGCGUGGGGAGGAUUCAACAUCACCUAGCUGUUCUGGCGCGGCCAGAUGUGGUUCAGCAGCUGUUCUACUAUACCAAGUCCUUAACCACCGUGCAGCCCUUCCCCAGUACCAGGGAGAGCAUUCUUCUUCUCUUUGACCCACUCCUGAGUCGACCUCAGCCUGUGGUUCGUCAACGUCACUACGCCGCCCUCACGGCCUUUGUCACCGCCCAUGGCUUUCUUUUCACUCGGGAUGGGUCUUCUUCUCAGUUCCUCUCAUUUGCAAGGCAAUUCCUAGAUCUACUAGAUGACUAUAUCGGGCGGUCAGGCACCACAUUCCGGCUUCAAGGGGCUCACAUCGUCUCGUGCAACUUUGCUGCCAUCUUUGAAUACGGCAGCAUCGGCGCUUUGUUGCCUGGGGAAUUUAAUGGUAAUAAGAAUAAUGAGAUGGAAGAAGAACUCGUCCCUUCUAUGGAAGAGGUCUACCUGUCUGCCACCCAAUACUGGGAGGAGUCGCAGGCGAGUCGGCUCGUCAGUGAAGCAGACUAUCCAAAUGCCGUCCAUCAUAAUCCAUCGUCAACCAUGCUCCAUGGGUCUUAUCUGGCCUUCCAUACUAUUUCUAUUUUACUUGAUCGAGUUGGGGACAAAAACGUGUUUCCCAGCGUGCAUGUUUCGCUCGCGUUCAUCUGGUGCCUCUGUCUCAACCAGGGUAGCAUGAAGUAUAUUGAAUGUUUGGUCCCCUGGGUUAGCAUCGCGACCUUUCUCAAUUCCAUGAUACGGCCCAAUGUCGAUGCCAGCAAGAUUGAGCGUGUCGAGUUCCCGCGUGCCGAGACCGGGAGUCUGCAGCAGAUGCCCGAGGAUUUUAUUAUACGUGGUCAGGUCUGGAGCCCACAUUACUUCCCUCCUGGCUUCUUCGACAAUGCUUUAAGUGAGGACGAUGGGCGAUUGAUGGAGACCCCAUCGUUGAUAAUUUCGCGCAUCCACCGUUGUCUCUGGCUUGGUGUGCGCCUGUCAACAUUCCAAUGCUGGAUGACAUAUGACUCUACACAAAAGACAUUUUCCGCAACACCAUACGCCUGUGCACUAAAUGAGAUGGCCGAGGAACAUGAUCCUUUUCCUUCACUCCACUCCACCACCACUUGCUCUAUAACUAAAUUCUAG